CUUGUUUUGCAACUGAUUGCGAGUUUCUCAAUUUCUUCCUGCUCCUCGUACUUGCUCUCAUACUUCCAUUCAUCCCCUAAGUUUCCCAUUUUUGAUUAUCCAACAAACCUCAUGCCUUUCUCACCAUGAUCCAUAUUCAACACUGCUCUGAUCACUCUCUCGCUUUCAUCAUCCAAAGGAAACUGUUUUGCCAAUUGCUAGCAUCUGCCCCUGGAAUUGGCAAGAGUGAAGAUUAUUGAAACAUGGGAGUGGCAGAAGCUGUGUCAAGUGACAACACACCCUUGUUACUCACCCCACCUCAUCCUCUCAAAAGAACAGGGACGGUAUGGACGGCAGUGGCACACAUAGUGACAGGGGUGAUAGGUUCAGGAGUGUUGUCUCUUCCAUGGAGCAUUGCACAGCUUGGGUGGCUUGCUGGUCCAUUCUCCAUCCUCAUUAUUGCUUCCUGCACUCUCUUCUCUGCUUUUCUUUUAUGUGACACCUAUCGUUCUCCCGAUCCUGAAUAUGGUCCUGAUAGGAGUGCCUCCUACCUUGAUGUUGUCAAUUUGAAUAUAGGAGUAAAGAAUGGAUGGCUCUGUGGCCUUCUUGUGAAUAUAUGUUUAUAUGGUUUUGGAGUUGCCUUCGUCAUUACAACAGCUAUCAACUUAAGAGCAAUCCAAAAUUCAAUUUGUUACCACAACGAAGGGCCCGAAGCAGCAUGUGAAUUUGUAGAUGCAUAUUACAUGCUGCUCUUUGGGGCUGUCCAAAUUGUGCUCUCACAGAUACCGAACUUCCAUAACAUCGAAUGGCUAUCAGUUCUAGCUGCAACUAUGUCCUUUACUUAUUCUUUCAUAGGAAUGGGGCUUUCCAUCAUGCAAACAAUAGAAAAAGGACAUGCUGAAGGUUCAAUUGAAGGAGUCAUUGCUUCUAGUGGAACUGAAAAGUUGUGGCUGGUUUCUCAAGCGCUUGGUGACAUAUCAUUCACCUAUCCAUUCUCAACAAUUCUGAUGGAAAUACAGGAUACUUUGAAGUCGCCUCCACCAGAAAAUCAAACAAUGAAGAAAGCUUCAACAAUAUCAGUCAUUGUCACAACAUUCAUAUACCUCGGUUGUGGAUGUGCAGGGUAUGCAGCCUUUGGUAAUGAUACACCAGGAAACCUUUUAACAGGAUUUGGAUCCUCCAAGUUUGUUUGGAUUGUGAACUUUGCUAACGUUUGCAUAGUGGUUCACCUACUUGGAUCCUAUCAGGUGUACGGCCAGCCACUUUUUGCUACUGUUGAGAAUUGGUUCCGAUUUAAAUUCCCAGAUAGUGAAUUUGUGAAUAACACAUUUAUCUUGAAACUCUGGUUGCUUCCACCUUUUGAACUAAAUUUUCUCAGCCUGUCUUUCCGAACUGCUUAUGUUGUAUCAACAACUGUGAUUGCUAUGAUCUUCCCCUACUUCAAUCAAAUUUUGGGAGUUUUGGGUAGCAUAAGCUUUUGGCCAUUAACCAUAUAUUUUCCAGUGGAAUUAUACUUGAGUAGGUCCAGUACUGAUGCAUGGACAGCUAAGUGGAUCAUGCUUAGGACUUUCAGCAUUUUUGGCUUUGGGUUUGGAUUGUUCACUCUCAUUGGAUGCAUUAGAGGAAUAGUGACUGAGAAAAUAGGAUGAGAAGCUUUAAGACCUCUCAAAGGAAUUGAAAGUGGAGUGUUCUAUUUAUUGGGAAAGCUUGAGCUUUAUUGGAUUUUUGUUUGAAGUCUUACCAAUACGAGAUUAAGCUAAAUUAUUGGGAAACAAAACAUAUGUGAGAGUAUUUUCCAAGGGAAGUUCUGAGAUUAUGCCUUUGGAUCUGCUUAUUCUUAGGAACUAGUUAUUUGUUUUUCCAGAUUUCUUUGUAAUUACUUCUUUGUUGAUUAGACAAGUAAUGAAGUAAGGAGUUGUUAUACAGCUCAUAGUUUCAGGUUUUUUGAGGUUGUUGGCAUUUUAAAUUUUCACUUAUGUAUCUCCUGUAUUUAAGGGAUGUUGAGAUCAAUGAAAUUUAGAGCUUCAACUUCAUUUCAAA